UCCAACAAAUUCGUGUGCAGAGUAGCGUGCUCUACUCUCUCACACGUAGACACCUGUGACCUCUGACCUUACCGACCUACCGGUCGAACUGUCAGGUCCGUGUAUCUAGGGCGUGGUCUGAUCAAUCGUCUUCACCAUACGGACACGUUAACUGCAGUGCUCCACAGUCAAACAAGAGAGAGGACGUCGUUUGAACAGCAUUACAGGAAACAGUUUGGUCUAAUCGGAACAUUCACCACUUGAAGUCACGAUGCCGGCUGUUAAUUCUCUCAACGUCUCCUUCGAGAAGAACAUGGAUGUCUUUCAAGCUGGACAAGUCGUCAGGGGACAGGUGGAUGUGGAUCUUAAGGAGGACAUGAAGAUGAGAGGCAUCAACAUAACACUGAAAGGCUCUGCAAAGGUUCAUUGGACGGUUCACACAGGCAAAACUACGAUCUAUUACUCCGGCAGGGAAACUUACUUCGACAACACAGUGACACUCUGGGGCCCAGGUCAGGCCCAGGGUGGCGACCACCCCGUGCUGGCGGCGGGUAAGCACACCUUCCCGUUCCAGUACCAGCUGCCCAGCUCCGGUCUGCCCUCCUCCAUCGAGGGCUGGUACGGCUACGUGCGCUACCGCGCCAAGGCCGUCAUCGACAGGCCCUGGAAGUUCGACAAGACGGCAACGAAAUUCUUCACCGUGUUGGACAUGUACGAUCUGAACGAGGACCCAGAAGCGAUGACGAUACCAACUGCCGAAGAGUCCAAGAAGCUUGGCGUCUGGCCCUUCGCUUCUGACCCUAUCGAAGUUCACCUGCAGACGGACCGGGGUGCGUACUGUCCGGGAGAGACCAUCAGGCUCAGCGGGACCAUAAAGAACGGAAGCGGCACCGACAUCAAGGAAACUACCGUCCAGAUCCGACAGAGAGUGACAUUCAUCGCUACUAGUCCGCACAAGAGCAAAAGAAACAGCCGAAGCACUCUGAGUGAAAUCAAAGCUUACGGCUGUAAGAGUAAAGACACGGCUGACCUGAGCGGCAUCAGUAUCCAGGUUCCCGCCAUCCCGCCUUCGUCUCAGCGGUACUGUAACGUCAUCGACGUUGUCUACAAGCUGAAGUUCACCGUGAACAUCCCCGGACUCCAUAGCGACAUGGAAGUGGACGUGCCCAUCACCAUUGGAUCCAUCCCACUCAGGAGCUAUUACCCACAAGCCCCUUCGUUCCCGUUACAUCCGGUGGAGCAGCAGGCGCCGCCUUCCCAGGGUGCUUUGUACCCGGAUCUCGGUUUUGCUCAGUGGACGUACCAGGGAUCCACCGACCCAAGCGCACCUCCUCCUCCGUACUACGCCGUGUCCAGUAUGGGCCCAGUGCAGAUUAAAGACGACGAGGACAAGGGCGACAAAUAUGACAUGGGAUCGAAGGAGUUCGCCCCCAAGUACACCUACUACGAUUGGAGCAAGCACUCUUAGGUCUAGCGUUGACGUACCUUGAGUUAACGUACUUAAAGGGGGGUUCACACGUGCGUGUAUAUUCUGUGCGUGUAAAGUCCGUAUGAGGUCCGUAUGGAAUUCUUAGCCUCUCCAUAUAUAGGUCACUGGAAAAAUAGAAAAAAACGUAUUAUGCCAGAGGAGUUAGCUGACCAAAGGAGUGCGGUUUGCAACCAGCUAACUUCGCUGGCAUGUUAUCUGGCUGUAUUUGCCCAAUUUCUACCAUUUUCCAGUGAUCUGUGCAGCCUGGUAGAGGCUUAGCCUUCAAUUGGGACGUCAUCAUACGGACUUGACUUAUUAUACGUUCGUAUAUCGCUUGACUUAAAAGGUGACGUACUCAGGUCUAGCGUUGACGUUAUUCUGUCGUUAAAGCAGUUUCGUUUUUUCUUUAGACAGAAAAAAGGAAAAUGUCCAGACUUUGCAUGAUGUACAAACUAACCAAUAAACUGGUGGAAGUAUGCUAGCUCAAAAUAGAACAAGGAAUAAUCAUACCUUCGUGUACCAAGGAUUGGUGUAUUAAAAAAUGCACACUUUCGUAGAGUGGAAUUUGUUAUCAUCAAGCACAGAUAGGUUUUAAGAACGCUUGCAGAUAACACAAAAACCUUUGCUUCGUUUUAUAGAACACUUGCAGAUAGAUAUGCAAAAGGUACGUGUUACGGGUUGAUCUGUGUAAUAUAACCGUCUGCUGCCGCGCCGCGUGCCUGCGAAGCUGAUGUGUUACGCCGAAUGGCGGUAAUACUGGCUAUAUAGAUAAAGAUACAGAUACAGAUACAGAUACAGACUGUUUCUUUUUACUUUCGGUACAUUUGGAGGCGCCUGUACUGGUUUUAUAGAGGUUCUUCUAGCUACCUCUGUUGUGUCAUCCCUGCAAUGAGAACGGAUUUUUAAUAUUGUAUAAAAAAUCUAUUCAUCUAUGGGUUCUCAGCUUUUUUCAUAGCAUGCGGAUUAACGCUACAUGACUUUUAUCCGCAGGGUAAUCUAUAUCCGUUGUAUCUAGAAAUAUCUAGGGAUAUCGAGUCGACGUACGGUGGUGUCAAAUUGCAAUAUCUUAGAAAUAAACAAGUUUGAAACCACA